AUGUCGAUACGAGCUUCAUACUUCAAGGCCGCCAUGGACUCCGGAUCCUCCCUGUCCAACUCGCCAGAUCUCGCAAAUGAAAUGCUUUCCUUCAGCCUUCAAAAUCCACUAGAAUGGGGCACAAAUUGGGGUCCGAUUGAUCUCGAGGCCUUCACGGAACCAUGGGAAUGCGACAGGUCUGCUGCCAAAUCUGUGACGUCGACUGAUUCAGACAAUGCAGUCAUUCCCGGAUCCAAAAUACGUCGAAGAGCCCAGAAUCGAGCUUCUCAGCGUGCGUUCCGCGAGAGGAAGGAACGCCAUGUUAAAGGCCUGGAGUACCAGCUCGAGACAUUGAACGAGAAACACCAAGACCUCCUAGAAUCAUACACCAAACAAUCCGACAUUGCUACGAAGCUUAACCAACAUGUGGCGCAGCUGCAGACUGAAAUCAAGGCGCUGAAGUUGCGCAACGAGCAGGACUUGCUGUUCCACGGUCCUAGCACGCAAUCGCUUUCGCCAGAGAGCUUCGACGCCUUUUCAUUCACUGCCGCGCCAGAUCCCAUGCUUUACGAUGGCAACGAGGAAGAAUUCAGCCAAGCUCAACCCAGUUAUAUCGGGCCAGAGUCCGAAAGGGUAACAACUCCUCCAAUCUUUGAAGAUAUCUUGCAUGUCUCUUGA